UGGCGCCUCUCAAGUUCCUCGCUACGCGUUAUUCUGGCAUAAGCACUUCAUAUCAUAUAUUCGCAUACUUCUUGAUUGUUUCUUCUCACGGAUGCACAUGUGUGCAAACGUAUACACUUCGAAUAAUUCUGGUUCCUACAUAUAAUCAGAGGAAGGAUUUAUUCCAUGCGUGUACAGAAAUCUACAUAGAAACAUGCCACAGAACGAGUACAUCGAGAGGCACCGUAAACUCUACGGUCGCCGUCUGGAUUAUGAGGAAAGGAAAAGGAAGAGGGAGGCUCGUGCGCCUCAUAAGCGAGCAGAGCAGGCUCGUAGUUUGCGUGGUUUAAAGGCCAAGAUGUUCAAUAAGGAGCGACGCAAUGAGAAGAUUCAGAUGAAAAAGAAAAUUAAGGCUCACGAGGAGAAGAAGGUCAAAGAGAAAUCUGACAAACUGCCAGAAGGAGCGUUGCCAGUCUACUUGCUAGAUCGCGACGUUACGAAACGCGCAAAAGUGCUGUCGAACAUGAUAAAACAAAAACGCAAGGAGAAAGUCGGCAAAUGGGACGUUCCGAUACCUAAGGUCAGGGCACAGUCGGAGUCCGAAGUGUUCAAAGUGGUGAGAAGUGGCAAGACAAAACGGAAAUCGUGGAAGCGAAUGGUGACCAAGGUGACCUUCGUCGGGGAGAACUUUACAAGAAAACCGCCGAAAUUCGAGAGAUUUAUUAGACCGAUGGCACUGAGAUUCAAAACCGCGCACGUCACACAUCCCGAGCUCAAGGCGACCUUUUCCCUGCCGAUCAUCGGCGUCAAGAAAAAUCCCAGCUCUCCUAUGUACACAACCUUAGGUGUCAUAACUAAAGGAACUAUUAUCGAAGUGAAUAUCUCGGAAUUAGGUCUUGUCACGCAAUCGGGUAAAGUUGUAUGGGGAAAAUAUGCUCAGGUUACAAAUAAUCCUGAAAAUGAUGGGUGUAUUAAUUCCGUUUUGCUCGUAUAGACUAUAAAUCCUAAUUAUGAUUCUGAUAAUUUUGGAAAUAAUUGUCUUGUAUAUAAAACAGUAACGUACAUAAUAGCUUGUAUUAAAAAAUUAAGAUAAGUUAUCUUUUAAAUACAUGAUAUCAUAUACAUAUUAUGUAUAUAUUUUAUAAAUAUAUAUUAGUAAAUAUAUUAAUAAAAAUUA